UGCAGCCGGAUUUGCCCAAUUCCCAGGGUAAGGCACCCGGAAUGGGACUAUUCUAUGGGAUAUGGGAUCCAUUGGAUAACCAGAGGACCCUGCGCUGGAUCCUGCAGCAUUCCCAGUGUUGGGAGCAGCCACUUCAUUCCUCAGAGGUGGAAAAAGCAUCCUCACGUUGGAAAACCCUGGAACUGGGAGGGAGCCACUUUCCAGCCCUGAGCAAUGCUUCCCUGCAGGAGGCUCCAGCUCAUCCCACUUCCAGCCGGAUCCAGAGCUCGGGAGCAGGGAGAAUUCCCACCUCCGGGAUGCUCCCGGCUGCAGCUGCUCAAAGGACGUUCCCAAGUCGCAUCCCACCGGGAUGCUGGGAUGGAGCUUUCUGCAUCUGGGCCAAUUCUGAGGCCUUUGAUUUCUUUUCCAUAGGGAAAAGGCCUCGUUUCAGGCUCUCCCUCUGCUCUACUUCCAGCACAGCAUUCCCAAUGGGAUGAUCGCCCCGGAAAGCCGGGAAGAGAGGCCCGAGACAGGGAUGUGCUCCUGGAGCGUGGGGCUUUGGCCCUGCUCCGGAUCCUCGCUGGAUCCGGGUAUUCCAGGGCUCUGCUCCAUAGGGAUCAGUGAGGGGCUGCUUUGAUUCCAGCCUCAGUUCCUUCAUCCCAUGAAGUUAACAGUGGGAAAGGGAACUCGGGAAUGCUCCGGGGCUGGGAUGCUCCUUCCCUUCUGAUGGCAGGGAAAGGAAGGGAAUGGUGCUGGUGUUCCAGGAUGCGGCUCCUGGAUCCUGCUUCAUUCCCUCAGUGCCUGGGAUAUGAGGCACCUUUUAGUCAUGGAUUGGGAGCAGGUCGAGGGCUCUGUAUCCCGGUGUCUGUAUCCCGGUGUCUGUAUCCCGGUGUUCCCAUCUCUUGUGCUCUGGAUCCCAUUGGAUUUCCCUUCCCAAGCAGACAAAUCCUCAUUGGCUUUAGGUGUUCUCCUGCAUUUCCAACCCGUCAAGUGCUGCUUGAGCCCCAUUCCUGCUGGGAAAACGGGGCUGGUUUGGGAUUGAUGCUCCCUGGGGGAGCUGGGCACAUUCCCCUUUCCCUGUGCUGAUUCCAUGUGUCCCGGAGGGCAGGAGCUGACCUUGCUCUGCUUUCCAUUCCAGCAAAAUCCCUUCAAGAUGGAUAUCGAGGACUGUAACGGGCGAUCCUACAUCUCUGGAAUCUGCUCUUCCUGGAAGGUGAGUGGCUGCGUGCGCCCUGCCAGCGCCGCAGACAUGCACACGCAGCCAGGGCUCCAGCGCUGUUUCCAAGGAGUUGGCUGUGAGAACACUCCAGGCUAUCUCCAGCAAGGCAAAGGGAGCUGGGCAGGGUCAGGAUGCCCCUGGCAAACACCGGUGCCAGCAGCCCCAUCCCAAAGGAACAUCUGGGGCCUCGCUCACCGCUGUCUCCCUCUUCCCAAAGGCAGUGGGGAUUCCUCCCUGGAGAAGGAAUUCAGCUCGGCCAUCGUGGGGCCCCCCGUGAGCACCCCCAACAGCCAGCACUCGUCCCCGAGCCGCUCGCUCAGUGCCAACUCCAUCAAGGUGGAGAUGUACAGUGACGAGGAGGGCAGCCGGCUGCUGGGCCAGGACGAGCGGAUGCUGGACAAGGACGACAGUGUCAUCGUGGAGGAUUCCCUCUCGGAGCCCUUGGGCUACUGCGAUGGCCCCGGCCAGGAGCCGCAUUCCCCUGGUGGUAUCCGCUUGCCCAAUGGCAAGUUGAAGUGUGACAUCUGCGGCAUGGUCUGCAUCGGCCCCAACGUGCUCAUGGUGCACAAGCGCAGCCACACGGGGGAAAGGCCCUUCCAUUGCAACCAGUGCGGAGCCUCCUUCACCCAGAAGGGAAACCUCCUGCGUCACAUCAAGCUGCACUCUGGAGAGAAGCCCUUCAAGUGUCCCUUCUGCAACUAUGCCUGUCGGAGACGGGAUGCGCUCACCGGGCACCUCCGGACACACUCCGUCUCCUCCCCUACCGUGGGCAAGCCCUACAAGUGCAACUACUGCGGGCGCAGCUACAAGCAGCAGAGCACGCUGGAGGAGCACAAGGAGCGGUGCCACGGGUACCUGCAGAGCCUGCACCCGGAGCCGCCGGCCCUGCCCAGCCACGCAGGGGACGAGAUGAGGGAGCUGGAGAUGGUGCCGGAGCCGCUGCUGCACCCGUCCUCCGAGCGGCCCAGCUUCAUCGACCGCCUGGCCAACAGCCUCACCAAGAGGAAACGCUCCACGCCCCAGAAGUUCGUGGGGGAGAAGCAGAUGAGAUUCAGCCUCUCGGACCUCCCCUUCGACGUCAACGCCGGCUUCGAGAAGGACGUGGAGAUGGUCCCAGCCCAUCACCCCCUGGACCCCCCGUACGGCUCCUCCUUGGCCCUCAUGGGGGGGGAGCAUCUCCGCGGCCUCCGCCUGCCCCCCACAAACUGCAUCUCGGAGGUGACCCCGGUCAUCAGCUCCGUGUACACCCAGCUGCAGGCCCUGCCGGCGCGCCUGGAGCUGCCGGGGGGCCGGGACGGGGCCGAGGGCCCCGAGGACGUGGGCUCUGCGGUGCCGGUGCUGUACCGGGGCCGGGAGCACAGCGGCUCCCCCCCCAACGGCUGCCCCGACUCCAGCGACACCGAGAGCACCCCCGAGGACCGGGGCUCGCAGGGGCCCGCGGGCAGCUCCCGUCAGAGCCCUGCUUACGCCAAAGAGGACCCCAAGGUGCCGGAGGGGCCCCCGGCCGCCCGCUCCACCCCGAGCUCUGCCAAAGAAGCCCUGCGGGUGCUCAAUGAGGACGGGGAGCAGCUCCGCGCCUUCAAGUGCGAGCACUGCCGCAUCCUCUUCCUGGACCACGUCAUGUUCACCAUCCACAUGGGCUGCCACGGCUUCAGAGACCCUUUCGAGUGCAACAUCUGUGGCUACCACAGCCAGGACCGCAGAUGGAUGAAGAGCAAACCCUGAGGAGGAGGAGGAUGAGGAUGCUGAUGUGCAAUACCCCGUGUGUGUCCCCCCCCUUACAUCCCAUUGCUCCCUCCCUUGGGUUUCGGUUGUCUCUCGUUAAUGGCUUUGCUGUUGGCUUGGCCUGGGGGGGGUCCAGGCGCUUUCAGGCCCCCCCGGCCCCCCCAGGAGCUUUUGUACCUGUAAGAUAUUGUAAGUACCUCUUUGUGUAAGGAAUCUACUGUAAGUUUUGUACUGUACUGGCUGAAGGUCUGUUAUAAAUAAA